AUGAUGAACACGACGAGCAAUCCACAACAGCCGGUGACACUAUCAUCCGAUGAAAAUUUAUUACCAUCAUCAGCACCACCUCCAAUAUUAAUACCACGUUCAUCUAUAAUUGAUCAUCGAAUAAAAUCUCGUACGAGUGGUGUUGAUAUUGAUUCAAAUAAAUUAUCAACGACAAUAAAACGUUCACAAGCUAUAUCAAAUAUACAAGAUUUAGAUGAAGAUAGUCCGGUGACAUUCGAAAUUGAACCGAGUGAACAUCAUCAUGUACGAAAAAAAGUUCAAUUAUUAAGUCCAUCAAUAAUUAAUCGAACAAUAAAUGAACCAAUUUCAUCUAUUGAUAAACAAAAAAUAACAAGUAGUAGUAGUAGUGGAAUUGAGGAAUCAGAUACACGAUCAAAAAGUAGUGAAAAAACACCUGAAUAUAUUGAAGAAGAACGACCUAUUUUACCUGGAAUUCAUGUUAAAGGAGCAACACUUAAUCGAUUAAUUCGAAUUUUAAUUGAUUCUUUUCAAACAAAUGGAACUAUUAUUGAUGAUAGUGAAUAUCCAAGAGUAUUUUUUCUUAUGCAUAAAUGGAUAAUGGAAUCUGAACAUUUAAGUAAUAUGCUUUAUGAUUUAUAUAAACAUUACGGAGAUGAUUAUAAAAAAGCAAUAAAUAUAAAUGAACAACAUCAAUAUAAAGAAUAUCAAAUACGUGUUUGUCAAUCAUAUAGUUAUUGGAUUAAAAACUUCCCCAUGCAUUUUGAUCUUGAUAAACGUUUAAAAGAAGCUUGUGAAAAAAUACAAAAUCUUAUUGAAUCAUCCGGUGAUACUGAAUCCAUGAGUUUAGUUGAUCUAUCACAAUUACCAUCAUUUGAUUGGAUGCGUCAAAUGACAGUACGAAAUCAAGCGAAAAACAAAAUUGUUUCACUCGGUUUUAAUAAUAUUGAAUCGCAAAUCUUAGCAGCCCAAUUAACCUAUUUAGAAUGGAAAAUUUUACGACGUAUAACUUUUACUGAUUAUAAAACAUAUGCUAUUAAAAAUACUUUACAAGAUAAUCCACGUCUUGAACGUUCAAUACAAUUUUUUAAUGGUUUAUCAACAUGGAUACAAUGUAUGGUUUUAAGUAAAAUGACACCAAAACAACGUGCUGAAAUUAUACAUAAAUUUCUUGAAGUUGCAAAAUAUUUAAAAGAAUUACAAAAUUUUAAUACAUGUCUAGCAGUUAUUGGAGGAAUAUCACAUAGUGCAUUAGCUCGUUUAUCAAAAACAAUGAUGUGUUUAUCAACAGAAGAUAUUAAAUUUCUUGGUGAAAUGACAGAUUUACUUUCAUCAAAUUCAAAUUAUGCUCAAUAUAGAAAAAGUUUAUCAGAAUCUGAAGGUUUUAAAAUACCGAUUAUUGGUGUUCAUUUAAAAGAUAUCAUUUCACUUCAUGUUGCAUUACAGGAUCGUCUUGAAUAUGAUUUAAUUAAUUUUCGUAAAUUAGUUCAACUUAGUAUUGUAUUUCGAACAUUAACUAGUUUACAAGCUUCUGUACCACCUGUUCAACCAAAUCAUGAUCUAAUAAAUUUACUUACUCUUUCAGUUGAUUUAAGUUAUACAGAAGAUGAAAUUUAUGAACUUUCAUUAGCUCGUGAACCUCGGUCAUCAGUUUCAUCGCCUGAUCAAACAUUUCGAGGUUUAACUCCUGGUGAAUCAACAAAUGAUUCUACCUCUGAUGUAUAUAAGAAAAAAGAACAAGUACAUAGUCCUGUAUUUGCCGAUUGGGCAGCUGGAGUUAUUCAAACAAUUGAUAUUCAAACAAUUCAACGACAUGUUAAUGCUAUGGUUGAAGCUGUUUUUACAACAUAUGAUCAUGAUCGUGAUGGUUAUAUAUCUCAUACAGAAUUUGAAGAAAUAGCACAAAAUUUUCCAUUUAUUGACACAUUUACUGUACUUGAUGCUGAUCAAGAUGGAAUGAUAUCAAAAACUGAAAUGCGUAAUUAUUUUUUGCGAGCUAAAUAUCAUGAUUUGAAAGGUGAAUUUAAACAUGAUUUUCAUGAAACAACAUAUUUUAAACCAACAUUUUGUGUUCAUUGUACGGGUCUUCUUUGGGGUCUUAUUAAACAAGGUUGGAAAUGUAAAGAUUGUGGUAUUAAUGCUCAUCGUCAUUGUAAAGAUCAAGUUGUAAUGGAAUGUCGACAAAAACGUUCAAAUCCUGUUAAUAAACAAGGUUCAGUAACAGAUGCACGUUUAAGUCGUAAUUCAUUUCGUAUACGUAAAACUCGAAAACAAAAAGCAACACAAACUGAAGAUAUGAAUUUUUCUUCAACAUCAUCUUCAGCUACAUCAGAAAGUUGUACAAGUUCAUCUGAUGAUGAACAACAACAACAACAACAACAAAGUAUCGAUAAAUCUGCACAUCAUCAUUAUUUUCAUUUACGUAAACCAUCAUCAUUAAAAGGUCGAAAACAAAUUUUAUCUGAUUCAAAUGAUGAUUAUUAUUAUACACAUCCACCAUCACCACAACAAACUUGUUCAUUAACAACAAUUACAACAGCAAAUAGUGCAACAUCAACAAAUAUAAUACCAACUCAACAAUUAAUUCCACGUGGACCAUUAAUUUGCUCGGAUAGUUUUGAAAAAUGGAAUGAUCGUUGUUUUACAAAAAAUCGUCAAUUACCAUCAUCAACAUUAUCAUCACCAAUGCCAACAACAUCAACAACAAUAUCAGAAACAACAAUGCUUAAACAAGAUCUAGAUGAAAAAUCUGUAGAACAACCUUUAUAUGGUCAUGGAUCAUUUCUUGAAGGUGAUGUUAGUGAUGAGGAUACGUGUUUUACAUCAAAUACACAUGAUACAACAUUGCAACAAUUAAAAAUGGCAACAAAUUAUGGUAGUAGUCAAAAUUUAAAUCAAAGAAAAUUAUCAUUAACCGACUCAUUACGAUCAUUACCAACAAAGUCUGAUCAAAGUCAAUAUGAAAUUUUCGAAAGAUUAAGACAAGCUGAAGAAGAAAAGAAACGUCUUGAAGUUGAAAAUCGUGCAAUGAAGCAAGAACUUGUACGAACAAAAUCAAAAAUAAGUUCAUUAAAACGUGAAAUGAGUUCAAUUCAACAAUUACAUUUAGCUCAAAAACAAGUUCAUUCUCAAUUAUCUGCAUCAACAAUUAUAUCUCCAGAUCAAGACUCAUGUCAUCAUCAUUCACAUUCAACAAAUCAACGAUCAACAUCUCCAAUAUUUCGUUAUCCAAAAGAAAAUCUUGAUCAACAAAAUUAUCAUCAUCGUCGUCAACAAAUAACAUUGGAUAUGAAUAAUCUUUCAAUAUCAAGUAAUGAUGAACCAUUAUCUUCUCCUCCAUAUACUAUAACAAAUACAUCAUCAACUCAAACACCUCCAUUAAAUAAAUUCUUAACAACAAAUGAACAGCAAACCCGACGCUCAACGAAUUUAACACCUUCAUCUAUACAUGUUGAUUCUUCUACAUCACCAUCUGAUGAACAAUUACGUCUCUAUCUUACUGAAACCUUACAACGAGAAAAAGAUAGUGCCGUUUAA